CGCGGCUGCUGAGGAAGCGUGUCCCCUCCGCCGCGCCGUCCGUGCCCAUGGCAACAGCGGAGGCGCGGCCCGGGCAUGGCGGCCGCGGGCAGCCCCAGCGUGUUCCUGGUGUCGGUCACCGGCCAGAUCGAGAGCGGGCGGUUCCCGGGGUUCGAUGACCUGUACUGCAAGUUCUGCUUCGUCUACGGCCAAGACUGGGUCCCCACAGCGGGCCUGGAGGAAGGCAUCUCCCAGAUCACCUCCACGAGCGAUGUCUCACCCACCACCCUCGUCUGGAACUUCCCCAUUGACAUCACCUUCAAGAGCACCAACCCAUCGGGCUGGCCACAGAUCGUCGUGAGCGUCUACGGACCCGACUUCUUUGGCCAUGAUGUGGUCAGAGGUUAUGGAGCUGUUCACGUCCCCUUCACCCCCGGAAGGCAUACAAGAACCAUCCCUAUGUUUGUUCCAGAGUCCACAUCCAGGCUGCAGCAGUUUACAAGUUGGUUCACAGGGAGACGUCCGGAAUUUACUGACCCCAGAGUGGUAGCACAGGGAGAAGGAAGAGAAGUGACCAGGGUGCGCUCUCAAGGCUUUGUGACCAUCUCCUUCAAUGUAGUGACCAAGGACAUGCAGAAGUUGGGCUACAACGUGAGCCCGAGCGACAUGCAGGACCCUUCCCUGGGGCCCCUGACAGAAGGGAUUCAUAUGUACUGAACUGGGGCGUGAGGGGUUCAAAGGCUCCCAGAGAAGUUCAGUGCUUUGGGGGGGGGUGGCUUUUCAUGGCAAAAUGAAAUGAGCAUCUGCCUAAACUGAGACAAUUUCAUGAGAGACAUAAAAAUGUCAUCAUUAUUAGGAAGAAUUUCAUUAUUCCAAAAGAAACAGAAGCCCAUGAGGCCUUGAGACAAUUAGUAUAAUCCUUUUAAUAAGAUACAGGUUGAAGUGUUAUGUAAAUGAAUGGCAUCAGCUACUAUUUAGCCUUUUUAUACGUAAUAUCAGACUAGCUCAAAAUAAGACCAGUAAAAAUACUUUUUAGCAACCUUUUGUACACGUUUUAUAUACUUAAAGAAUAGGAAAAUUUAGAGUAGCAGUUUUUCCUGUGUUUAAAAUUGCAAACCCAGGGCUUUUUACGGUAGAAAUGGGAAAUGGAAAUUGCUGCACCUUCCAAAAAAGAAGGAAUGUGGAAGUGUUCCAGUGAGAUGCACCCAGGCUCCUCUCUGCCUUGUGCUUCCCUCUACAGAAGCAGCAGCAGUUUCCUUUAUAAUCCCACAUAGACCUUUAGAGUUUGUGCAACUACUUCAAAUAGCUCAUGCACUGCAGACACAAACCUUUCCCACAUUUGUCAGUGGAGCAACCUGUGCUUUUGCAUCUAGAGCAAGAUGAUGCCUCUUCCAGUUCCAGGCUUUAUUUCUGCAUCAAGGGAAGAAAAAAGGGCAGCAGUUUUAUUUUAGAGGCAUCGAAGAGCCCACAGUGUUAAAUGUAUCCUAACUUCUGGUAGGAUAAAUUGCAUUUUAAGUGCAGAUAUUGAUUAAAGAAUAAGCUUUAGAGAAGGCUCCACAAAGGAAGUUGAGUUGUGCAUGGUCAUGAGCACGAUGUAGCUCCAAAUUGGGUACCAGAUGCUUCAUGCUGCACAGGAAGGGUGGGGAAGCAGCAAAAAGGACCUUCUCCCUUCAGUAGGUCCUUCAGCCAUCACCUAACACAGGUAACAUACCCUGGCUUUCCUUAGCUGGUUUGUUAUCAGAAGGGCAGUAAAAACAGCAAGGGUCAUGCCUGAGUGUUGUACUGAGGCUUUCCUCUCUUGGCAUAACCUCAAAGCAGGACCAAGACCAUGUUGGUUGGUGUUAGCAUGUGAUAGGAGCUCCAGUGCUGCAGCAUGAGGGCACAGAGCCACCUGGUUCUGAAGAGCUGCUCCUCUGAGAUGAUGUUAGCGCUCUUCUUUUGGGCUGAAUAAACCUGAUUGUCUCAGUGUAUUUGUCUUUCCCCUGCUAAGUUUUGUUACCUGUUUGUGCCAGGAUGUUUCUAAGUCCUCAGUCACCCAAGAUCUGCUGUUCUUACAGGUACAAAAAGAAGUGGAUGCUACAGUGAAAUGACUCAUUACUUACUCAUUUUCCUGUUUCAGUUUGGGCAUGUAACCUCUUGUGUUUGACUGCAAACACCAAAAGGUGACUGUGAGAAUGACUUAACACGAUACCACCCUGUAAGUGAACGACCAAGGCCUUGGGACUGUAAAAUACAAGUAAUAACACACAGCAUUGAACUGCAGCGCCAGGACACUGCCAAAUGUAGUUAAAGGUAUUAUUUCACAGCUGAGUGAAUAAAUGUAAUGUAUUCAACAUAUAGUGAAUAAAUGUAAGUUCUGAAAAGA